UAGCUCUUCUUACCCUCAAAAAAUCUCCCUUCCAUAUUUUCCUCUAUAUUUUCUCUUUCUCUAUGCUGAGUUUUCAUCUUCCUUGUCUACUUCUACUUCUUUUUUUCAAUAUUAAUUGUGAUCCUCAUUUAUAGUACUUAUCACAACUUUCUUACUAACAAUUCAAUAGUCCAAUUUUUCACUUCUUGAUUCUCCUCUAAACUCCUAGUACCAAAAAAAUUUAGAAGAUAGUAUGGAGGUAGCAAGAGUUUAUGAAGGUUCUAACAAUUGCUUUAUACCUCCAAAUGAAAUUCUUCCUCCUACUUCUAAUUGGGUAUCUAACUCUUCCUCCAUUUUCCAUGGCUCUGUAUCCAUGGUAAAUUUCGACCAAGAUCAAGUACAAAAGUCUAAAAUGAGGUCAUUUUUAGUACAACUUGAUCAAGACGAUAAUAACAGCAACGAUGACAAUUACAAUUAUCACCAAAGUGAAAAGAAGAGACGAUUGUUACCAAAGCAAGUUGAGUUUCUUGAGAAAAGUUUCGAGGUAGAAAACAAGCUUGAACCUGAAAGGAAAGUACAAUUAGCUAAAGAAACUGGAUUGCAGCCUAGGCAAGUUGCUAUUUGGUUUCAAAAUCGACGUGCCCGGUGCAAGACUAAACAACUUGAGAAGAAUUAUGAUGUCCUUAAAGCUAGCUUUGAUAAACUAAAGACUCAAUAUGAUUGUCUCUUCAAAGAGAAUGAGAGCUUGAGAAAUGAGGUACAUUUACUCAAAGAUAAGUUGAUCAACAGCGUAAAAGGGAAGGAAACUUCAGAACCUAUUAAUCCACUUGAUCAUGUAGAACCUCAAAAUCCUUCUAUUGGAGUUGCUUCAAAUUUAGCAAUGGUGGUGUGCAAGCAAGAAGAUACAAAAAGUGAUGUUCUUGAUUCAGACAGCCCGCGUUUUACUGACGGCGAUUACACUUCAUUUUUGGAGCCUGCUGAUUCUUCAAAUGUAUUUCAGACAGAACACUCUGAUUUUUCUCAAGAAAAUGACACAUUAUGCUUCCCAAAACUUGAAGAAGAUCAUCAUCAUGAUGAUUUACCUGUUAAUUCUUGUCAUUUGGGUUUUCAAAUUGAGGAUCAAUCUUGGUUCUCACAUUAUUGAGUUUUCACUUCAAGAUCAUAUAAAGGGAAAUGAAGCCUUUGUGCUACAUUUCCUUUUUUAAUUUACACCAAUAAUAUGUUGUAUGUAUUGUAUAGGUCCAUUUGGAAUGAGAUGAAGAUCUUUGUUGAACCA